UCUCGUCUCCUCCGUGUGUGUAUGUGACAAUUACAGGUGCGGUUCCUGAAACAGAGAACAAAACAUCACACAAUAUCAGCCUGCUUUUAAGUAAGGACAAAAGUGUUGCCAGGAUGUGGCUAUUUAAACAUUUCACAAAACCCACUCCUCCUUCAUCUCAAGAGUUUUGUAGACCCUGGAGGUCCUUGGACUGGAAUGAGGAUAAACAAAAACUUCUGACAGCAGUAAAUGACUUCAAACCUGAGAAUCCAGAAGUUGCCACUCUAAGAAUUCUUCUGCAUGGACCACAAGGUGCUGGAAAAUCAAGCUUUUUCAACUCUGUGGAUAGUGUUUUCCAGGGCCGCAUCACUACCAGAGCCCUGGCACAAGCAACAGAAACUGAUCGAACUUUCACUGUUGAGUGCAAAACAUAUAAAGUGAAGAAGGACAGGCCUGACUCCUACUUUCCUUUCAAUUUCACUGACAUUGCUGGAAUGCACAAAGUAGAAGGAAUAAAGAUGGAUGACAUCAUCAAAUUAUUAAAUGGUCAUAUCAACAGUGGUUAUCAUUUUAACCCAUUCAAACCAAUUUGCGAAGACGACCCGAAGUAUAACAAGAACCCCACUCUGAAUGACAGGAUUCACUGUCUGGUUGCUGUUCUUCCUGCUCACAAUGUUUCUAUUAUGGAUGACGACAUAUUUAUGCAAAUGAGACAAGCUCGUGAGAAAGCACGAGACUUGGGCAUUCCUCAAGUCAUAAUCAUGACCAAGAUUGAUGAAUCAUGCGAACUAGUCAAAAAUGAUCUUAAAAUGACCUACAAAAGCAAAAAAGUAAAACAAAAGAUGGAAGAAUGUUCUGCUAAGACGGGAAUUCCUAUGAGCUGCAUUUAUCCUGUGAAGAACUACCAUGAGGAACGUACCAAUGAUGACACAGUGGAUAUUCUCAUUUUAGAUGCAUUGCAGAAUAUUAUUCACUUUGCUGAUGACUAUAUUAAAGAUCAAAUAGACAGUGAAUAAGUGCCCCUUGAGUGUGUGAGAUUUUUGAAUUACAGGUUGUGUAGGUUGUUUUCCUGAUGGGUCAAUUCAUGCAUAAAUAAUAAUUAUAUAUGUAAAGUAUAGAAAACUACAGUAGUCAAUUACAUCUGUUGUUAGUGGUAGUUUAUAAUUGUAUAAUAACACAUUGUUUUAUUAUUAUUUAGUAUGAAAGAUAAAGGUAUUCACAUGUUGUUUUAAUAAUAAUAAUAAUAAUAAUAAUAAUGUAGCUCAUAAUCAGGAUACUGUUAUGUGUAUAAAAUAAUAGUUUCUUUUAGUGCUCUCUGGGUGAGGUGUGCCAUUGAACCUGCUUGUAGAAAUGUAAAAUACACAUAUGUGGUAUUAUUUUUAAGUGAUUCAGUCAUUGUUUUUGUUACAUUGUCUUAGUUUGGGUUUUUUGCAUUAUUGUUUUAGUAGAUUGUGGUAGUACCAUUUUGCUAAUAUAAUAGGUUUGCGGUUUGUGAGUGGUGGAAUACAGACUUGUUGUGUAAAAUGCAAAUAUUGAUCAUAAUGAUAAAAUUAAUAAGUAACUUGAGGACAAGUGUGACAUUGUGAAAUCCUUUGAUGACAAAUAGGCUGAAAAAAUCCCCCAAGCCUGUAAAACAACAUAAUGAAGGCAAAAAGACACAAUAACAGAUGAUGUAAGUUUACAAGUGGUCUUCCAUAGUUACCACACAACUUUGCUAAAACUUUACCAUUUGUAUCAUGCAGCCUGUCUGACUCAAC